CCCAAAUCUCCACACUAACGUAUUCUCACAAUAAUCCAAAAAUGCCUUCUCGUAUGCUUUCCGGCGAAGACACUGACUCCGAUGAUGGCUUCGAGGUGGACAUGGAAGCCCUAAGGAGUGCUUGGUUUCUCAACGGCAAAAACCCUACGGACCUCCAACAAUCCUCCACUUCUCAUCACCACCGCGGCGCCUCCUCUGACCUCGAUUCCGACGACUCCGAAGAGGAAGAUGACCUCGAAUUAGUCCGUGAUAUACAGCGAAGGUUUGCUAUUUCGACUGAUUUGCAGCAGCCUCUCACUUUGAAGCCCCUAUGUUCGCUUCCGCCGGUUGGGUCGGAUGAUGAUUAUGAGGAUGAUUUUGAAACCCUACGUGCAAUUCAACGUCGUUUUGAAGCCUACAAUAGCUGUGAUAACGAGAGUCUGGAAUCAUUCGGUGACAACAUUGAUGGGACCACCCAGCCAUCUGAUCUCAUUGAGUGGCAUGGAUCAGGUGCUAAAAAUGCAGCAACAUUGCCAGUCAAAGAUUCCAGCUUCCCAAGAUCUGCACAGGCAUUUCUUGAUGCCAUCAAGAAGAAUAGGUCUUUUCAGAAAUUUAUUCGAUGUAAGUUAAUGCAGAUUGAAGCGAGGAUCGAGGAGAUCAAACAAUUGAAGGAGCGUGUUAAAAUCUUGAAAGAUUUUCAAGCUAGCUGCAAAAAAAGAACUGGAAGAGCUUUAUCACAGAAGAAGGAUGCCCGUGUCCAGUUAAUUUCAGUGCGAAAGCCAGGGGUUAAUGCAAAGGUCAAUGAGAAGAAAGUCCCUGCUCUGUAUUAUGGCCCUGCUGAGAAUUCCCAUGUUGCCAAUUACAGAAUGGCACUAACCAGAUUUCCUCUAUCAUUGAAUCGGGAAAGGUGGACAAAGGAGGAAAAGGAAAAUCUGGCAAAAGGAAUUAAACAACAGUUUCAAGAAAUGUUGCUUCAAAAAUCAGUUGAUCUACUUAGGUAUGUGCCUUCUUGUUCUGUCAUGAUAUAA